GAAUCGUCAUUAGGUCGCGCGCUCAUAGAAUGGGACACGACGACGCACUGUCCUCAAAGUCCCCUUCCAAUUCAUGCUGUGGCAGGAGAGAGACGGGGAGAAAAUAUCCAUCGAGGCACUUAGCGACAGCCAAAGCGAUGGACCACAUGCAUUUCAGAUGCUUCAAUUCGGAUGUGGCUACAAUGAUUCUGUAACACGAAAAUAACGUGGAGCAGUGUUUUGCAUGGAGUGAUGAAGUCAGAUGCCAAUGCAGUGGAAUCUGAGCCCGGUAGAGUACAGCCAGCGCGUGCUGUGGUCGUGGAGCGGAUAAAUGCCAUCGCGUGAAGCGCUACCCCCACGAAGAGAACUCCAUGUCUUUCUUGGACUGCUCCUGCAUCUCCCACACUCAGGUCCAGCCAAUCAGCAUAGAGGACCAGUAUGAGGACAUCAGCCACCAAUACCUGAGCUCUGAUGUCUCAGAAUGCACUUUCACCGGGGGUGGUGCAGGCAGCGAUGACAUCACAGCGCUCUCUGCUAACUCCGCCCACUACCAGCUGCUGUCAGAACUGGGGAGGGGCUUCAACAACCUGAGCCAGGUGCGCAUGGCGUGCCAUACACCCUCCCGCCAGCUGGUGGCAGUCAAGAACACCAACCUGGAUGAGUGUACUGAGGAUGAGCUGCUACAGCUGAUGAAUGAGGUUCUUCUCUCCAGGCUGUUCCGCCACCCCAACCUGCUGACCUCUCGCCUGGUCUUCAGCUCCUGCUGCCAGCUCUGGGUCCUCACACCACUCAUGGGCUACGGUUCGGCAGACAGCCUGCUGAGGACGUACUUCCCUGAUGGGAUGAGUGAGUCCCUGAUCGCUUACCUCCUCCACGGAGUCCUGAAGGCUCUGCAGUACCUGCACCGCAUGGGCUACGUGCACAGGGGAGUGAAGGCCAGUCACAUCCUGCUGUCUGGGGAGGGGCGUGUCUACCUCUCGGGGCUGCACAGCGUUUACAGUAUGAUGCGGGAUGGGAAGAAGGUGAGGACCGUGUUCGACAUGCCCCACCACAGCCCCGCCCUGCUACCCUGGCUCAGCCCAGAGCUGCUACGACAGGACCUGCAUGGCUACGGGGUGAAGUCAGACAUCUACAGUCUGGGGAUAGUAGUCUGUGAGCUGGUCAGUGGCAGGGUGCCUUUCCAGGACAUGCCCCCUACACAGAUGCUUCUCCAGAAGCUGCGUGGCUCCCACUGCUGCCUGCUGGAUGUGGCCCCCUCCCCCCUGGGGGAGCUGGGGGGGCUGAAGGUGUCCCGCUCCGGGGUGGACUCUGGCAUCGGGGAGAGUGUUGCCACGGGUAGCCUGACUCGCACCGCCACUGCAGAGAGACCUCAGAGCCCCGCCCCCAAGAACCACUCGGCCACCCUGCACAACCUGGUCCAGCUGUGUCUGCAACAGCAGCCCGACCGCAGACCCUCUGCUUCUACACUGUUGACCCAUGCAUUCUUCAAACAGGUGAAAAGGCAUCAUACCCGGGACUCCUUCCUCAGUCUCAUGUACCCCGCGGUGCCCCUUGGAGCUUCCAGCCCCGAUGACCCCCCUGUUUCCUGCUCCCCUACCCCGUCCUGCCACCACCCCACCUCCCCCAUCGCUGACCCCACAGAGGAGGUGUGGGACUUCUCCUAAUCCUCCUCCCUGCCCCCCCUCCACCUCCGCCCCCCACAUCCCAAAACCUGACAACCAAGCCUAACUCAAGACAAUCAAAAUGAUCAAAAACAGCGAGCCCAAACCUUUCUACUGUGCUUUGAUUGGACUUGUCCUACCCACCACUCUGAGCCUUUCUACUAGUUUUCUAGGCUUUUAUAUGUUUGUUUUGAAACUCAAAUAAGGGAGCAGGUUGAUGUUUAUUGUCAUGACUCUUGUCCUGGAGGCAGAACUGAGCCAUUUCCCCUUAGAUAGGCCAGCUGCUGUAAUAGGAGGGCGGGAUUAAUGGAGCUGCUCUGCCUGGAUCAUCCAAUGAGGAUCUCUGUGCCAUGGGUGUGGCUGCCAAUCAACGACAAUGACAACCAAUGACGUUGCAGGACAGUCAGGACACACCCCCAUGCCAGUGAAAAAUACCAAUCACUGGACUCAUAUGGAUCGUACUACGAAAUGUAAUGUGAACUAUUUUAGGCUAUUAGACUGUGAAGGGGCAUACAUAAUAAUGUGUCAGGGUUUGGAGAGGGAGAUAAUACAUUUAAGAUGUUAUGGAGUUGGAGAGGGAAGCAAUAGAUAAUAAUAUGUUAUGGAGUUGGAGAGGGAAGCAAUAGAUAAUAAUAUGUUAUGGAGUUGGAGAGGGAGGCAAUAGAUAAUAAUAUGUUAUGGAGUUGGAGAGGGAGGCAAUAGAUAAUAAUAUGUUAUGGAGUUGGAGAGGGAAGCAAUAGAUAAUAAUAUGUUAUGGAGUUGGAGAGGGAGGCAAUAGAUAAUAAUAUGUUAUGGAGUUGGAGAGGGAGGCAAUAGAUAAUAAUAUGUUAUGGAGUUGGAGAGGGAAGCAAUAGAUAAUAAUAUGUUAUGGAGUUGGAGAGGGAGGCAAUAGAUAAUAAUAUGUUAUGGAGUUGGAGGCAAUAGAUAAUAAUUUGUUAUGGAGUUUAAAAGGAUAUAAGUGUUAAAAACACGUAUGUGAGGAGAGAAGGUACGAGAAUAGCUAGUGUGUUGGAGGAAGUUCUAUGGUUAUCCCUCUAGCAUUGUGAUACCAGCCUGAUCUCGCGAUAGCUCACAUUCCGAAGUGAAGCUAAACGUGAGCUCAGCGGUCCGUCUGAUUGGCCAGGCUGCUAUCCCUCCCCUGUAUUACCAGUGAAAACCCUGUGAUCAAAUAAGAACUAUAACACUACCGAUACUGUGCUUUGUGGCCAACCUAACCUAUACACGUAGUAAUAAUAAACGUAUGGGAGGGUCCUCAAUUGUAUUGUUUUUAUGAAAUCUGUGAACUGUUUAUGAUAAAUUUCUGUGGAUUAUUCUGUGAUUGAUGAUUCUGUGUAUGAGACAUUUGAUGUAUUGGUGCAUAUCAAACCUGUUAUAGCUGUAUGAGCCUUAUAGAAGUGUUAUAAAUAUAUUCAUGAUA